GAAGGUCGGGAAAAUUCCAAGAGGAGGGUGGGGAGUACUUUAUAACUCCAACCAACCCCUGCCUGAGCACUCACUGCCCAGGCUUGAGUCUAAACUACCUCCAGGCUCCAUUUAGGAAACUACCAACAUAGCCAAGGAAAACAUGUCUUGCCAAUUCCCAGCAUUGACACCAGAGCAAAAGAAAGAACUGUGUGAAAUAGCUCACCGAAUUGUUGCUCCAGGCAAGGGAAUCUUGGCAGCAGAUGAGUCCACUGGUAGCAUUGCAAAGCGACUGCAGUCUAUUGGAACUGAGAACACAGAAGAAAAUCGGCGCCUUUACAGGCAGUUACUUCUUACAGCAGAUGAUCGAGUGAACUCCUGUAUUGGAGGUGUUAUCCUUUUCCAUGAGACACUCUACCAGAAAGCUGAUGAUGGACGUCCCUUUCCCAAAGUUAUAAAGGAAAAGGGUGGCAUUGUGGGCAUCAAGGUGGACAAAGGUGUAGUGCCCCUGGCAGGGACCAAUGGCGAGACUACCACUCAAGGUCUGGAUGGGCUGAGUGAGCGCUGUGCCCAGUAUAAGAAGGAUGGGGCUGACUUUGCCAAGUGGCGUUGUGUCCUGAAGAUUGGGCAUAAUACACCUUCCCCACUUGCCAUCAUGGAGAAUGCCAAUGUGUUGGCCCGAUAUGCCAGCAUUUGCCAGCAAAAUGGUAUUGUCCCCAUUGUGGAGCCAGAGAUCCUCCCUGAUGGAGACCAUGAUCUGAAGUGUUGUCAGUAUGUCACCGAGAAGGUUCUGGCUGCUGUCUACAAGGCUCUGAGUGACCACCAUGUCUAUCUGGAAGGGACCUUGCUGAAGCCUAACAUGGUCACUGCUGGCCAUGCCUGUACUCAGAAAUAUUCACAUGAGGAGAUCGCAAUGGCAACUGUAACUGCCCUUCGCCGGACUGUGCCUCCUGCAGUCACUGGUAUCACCUUCCUAUCUGGGGGUCAGAGUGAGGAGGAUGCCUCCAUCAACCUCAAUGCCAUCAACACCUGCCCCUUGCAUAAGCCAUGGGCCCUGACCUUUUCUUAUGGCCGAGCCCUGCAGGCAUCUGCCCUCAAGACCUGGGGUGGAAAGAAGGAAAAUGUCAAGGCUGCCCAAGAAGAAUAUAUUAAGCGGGCCACGGCUAACAGCCAAGCUGCUCAAGGCAAGUAUACUCCAAGUGGAAAGUCAGGAGCUGCAGCCAGUGAAUCGCUCUUUGUCUCUAACCAUGCCUACUAAGUCAAGGCCUUCCAUCUGGGUAUGCCCUAACACUCCAGGCCAUCCCUCACAGUCCAGGAAGAGGCUGAGAUCCCAGAGCUUUGUGCUGACCUCUCCCAUCACUCCUAACUUGUGUGGUGUUGUUGCUCUCUGGUGAAUCUAGUGACCCCUCCUCAGCCCACUUUUUCCAAUAAACAACUAUUUAACAAGGA